ACUCACUCAUCGGGUGGAUGCGCCGCCGAGGUCCGCAGAUACCUUAGUGAAAAAAAGAAUAACACUGGUAAUGGCUUAGUAAGAAAGAAAAAGAUAGAAGUCGCAAAAACUACGUCUAUUGUUUUUGUGCUAGAAUAGCCGCCCCGCUGAACAACGGGAGACGGCCUGGCCGGUGAGUGAGUACGCCGUCAACUGCUCGCCGGGGCGCUGCGUGGAAAGGCAGCGCCGCCGCAUGUCGAGCCGGGGAACUAGUUUGCUUUGGUCCUCCCUUUUAUUUUUGAAGUUCCCCGCCAUCUCAAAUCCUCCUUAACUUGCCGCCUUACUCUUCAUGGACAUGGGGGAGGACAUCAGCGCGUAGAACGGUUCGAACCAGGCUCGGGCUACAAGGCGACAGGUAAACCAUCCCUACGCCCUCCGGUUGACCUUGACGAAGCUGACUACCAAACACUCUGCGGAUUUCUAUCAGCAUCGCCGACACCUAGGGCCACGCCGCCGCGCACUCCGAGGGUAGAUCAGACGGACCACAGAAGGGCGUUGCGAGGUGGCAACGACAUCACUGAAGCGGGAGAGCGGAAGCAGGGUCUUCGUUCUACUGUGUGGCGUGCGUUAUUUACUAGCCCUGUCUAGCUUGCUAUACAUGGUUCUCCUCCUCCUCCUCCUCUGUGAAACAAGAUUUACCGACUAGCAUUCGCAAGGCUUUUCAGUACAAUCCCACUGGCUAAGUGUAAACCGGGGAUGAAGCCUCCUUCCAAAGUAGACGUGCAUGAACGUCGCGUCUGAAUCGAAGAAGAAAUGGAAGAUGGGGGGUAUUCGACGAAUGCCAUGGACACUCGCGGGGGUGGCUCUGCUGUCGGCAUUGUCAGUGCGAAGCAUAAGCUUGAAGUGGUUUUACACCACACGAAAAGCUUCGCGCACAAGCGAAGUCUCUGAUGCAGUUACUACUACGGACACUGCAGAGCAAUGCCCACUACCGCCGAAUGCGCGGUGGUGCGACGUAAGACUGGUAAACGGAGUUUCAUUUCCGAGUAUGGAACUGGUGCAGCAAGCGGUCUUUUUUGGAGUUUUCGUUUCAAAAUCAAAGCGUUGAGGCAAAUAUGUACACUUGGACGCGGAAUGCGACGCCCCUGUCGUGCAAUCGAUAUGGCUUAGACAUCGACAGAUCUACUCGUUCCUAUGGAAUUAUGAUAUGUGAAUGUUGUGAAGAGUGACUGUAAUUGAUUCAGAUUCAUCUGGCUCGUCGUGCGAAGGACUCGCUUAGAACAGUUCCUUGCAUACUUGUGGCAGUCUACGCUAGCUCGGAUAUCGUCUCUAAUAGUAUCUGCCAAGUGGGAUACUGGGAAGUGAGCGAUUUUUCCGUCUUCGCGCCGCAAUCUCGUAAAACCUCCUCGUCCACCCGUGUGACCGCGCUCGACAUCGGUGCGAAUAUCGGGUACUAUUCGCUCAGUCUGAUUGCGAGCGGAAUGUUCGAUCAGGUGAUCGCGUUCGAACCCAUGGAAAGUAACUUGCAGCUGCUGAAAGCGUCCCUAUGUCGAAGUCCAGAGCUCGCGCAGAAGAUUAAGCUGCACCCUGUUGCACUCGGUAAGCGUGACGAAACUUGCCAGCUGUAUUCGGAUCCCACAAACGUUGGCGACGGCGUUCUGCACUGCGGCACGGAUUCCUUUCAGGGGAUACCUGGGAUACCGGGGGGCGCAGGGUACGUGAAGCGCGGCAGCGCUUUCCAAGUCAAGACGUUAGACGAGCUGCUCACGGCGGACGCCCUGCUUCCUCCGCAGGGCCUCGCGGCAGGGGAGCAUGAGCGCAGUCAGUCGUUGGCCUCCCCCGCCUCGUCCGCCCCGGGUCAGCACGUGGCGUUCGUGAAGAUGGAUGUGGAGGGGCACGAGUGCGAGGUGCUGCAGGGCGGGACGAAGCUGCUGUCGCAGGUGCACCCGGACAAGGUCGAGACAGAAGUGUGGCCGAAGAUGUCCACCCCAGAGUGCCAGGCGGCGCAGUACCUGCACAUGUACGAGGACGCGGACUACCAGCUUGCGCGCGAGCCACUUUGCGCGUCGCCGGACACAGCGGCUGCUUUCGCCGCCGGCACCACCCAGAUUUCCAACUACUACGCCUGCAGUUCAUCCGGUCCCGCUAAGCAUGGAUCUCGAUCGACGCUGGGACUCUUGGAAGAAGACGACACCAAAAUGUUGAGUCACAGUCACGUCGUCCGUCUGUUGUUUUCUCGUCGCGGAUUGUAGUGUCCUUGUCGAAUUAUUCUUGGCCUUAAUUUUUUUUUCCGACCCUGUCAGCAUGAUUUUCAGUCCCGGGAUUUGCAUUAUCACUCGGAAGGGACAAGUUCAUUGUUGGCCGCUUCUACUAUAGCAUUAAGCGUGGACAAGCUUUAGCUCUUCAUGGAAGCUGCUUCCGCACUGCUGAAGUUCCGCAGCUGAGGAGCCGAGCCGAUCAAGUAUUAGCUCACGAGAAGCCCCAGCUGCACUCUGAAAGUUCAGGAACGUCACUCGCCUGACCCUGACCCGGAUCUUCUCUGAUUUUGUUCGGUCCGUGUUUGUGAGCUUGCGCAGCGUCUUUUGACUUUUGCAAUUUUCUGCGUUUCGAUAGGCGACGCUCGUGGCGUCGGUCGACAUGAUGAGAAUCGAUUGCGUUCCGUACUCGAAAAAGACGUGUGUUUGUCCUUUGUUGUUGUGCUCCUUUUGACUCGCGACACGCAGGCGCACUGUAUCAAUA